CUCCGUUCCUUAGUCCUUAUCUUUUUUAGUUUUCUUUAAACUAAGCAUGAGUCGCGAACAUCAACCUCUGCUUGGUAGUGGUCGUGCGUCUUUCGAAGAUCCUUCGUUCAUGUCGUCCCUGAAAGCCACGAUGACCUCUUCGAAAUUCAAUCUUCUUUUACCAUUUGUGCCCAUUGCAUUAGCAGUGUCUGCAACCAAUGCUUCGGACACUGUGGUGUUUUCCCUCAACUUUAUGGCCAUUAUCCCGCUCGCCAAACUUUUAGGUUUUGCCACCGAGGAACUCGCUCUUCGUUGCGGAUCUGUAUGGGGCUCGCUUCUCAACGCCACCUUUGGUAACGCCGUUGAACUCAUUCUUGGUAUCAUUGCCUUGAAAGAAGGUUUAAUUCGUGUGGUCCAAGCUUCCGUUUUGGGUUCAAUUUUAUCCAAUAUUCUCUUGGUUCUCGGUUUCUGCUUCUUGUUGGGAGGCGCUUCGCGUGAGGAACAAAGCUUCAACGUCACCGCCGCUCAGACUUCUUCUUCACUUCUUGCUGUAACGACGCUUUCGCUGUUGGUGCCUGCUGCUUUUGCCGCCACGGUAUCGGACGAUGUGGAAGCUCGCAUUGGUAUUUUAAAUGUCAGUCACGGCACAGCUAUUAUCCUUUUGAUCGUCUAUGUCCUCGUGCUCUUCUUCCAAUUGAAAACGCAUACGCACUUGUAUGAAGAUGAAGCCGACGAAGAAGAGAUUCCUCAAACAACACUCAAGUUCUCCGUCUUAUCACUGUUGGUGAUCGCCGGCUUUGUUUCGCUUCAUGCAGAAUUCCUUGUUGGAGCUAUCGAAGGUGUGGUGGACGCGUGGGGUAUCAAUGAAACAUUUGUUGGUAUCAUUCUUCUUCCCUUGGUCGGAAAUGCUGCUGAGCAUGUGAGUUCGGUCACUUUUGCUAUGAAGGACAAGAUGAACUUGUGUAUUGGUAUUGCUAUUUCGUCUUCACUGCAAAUUGGGUUGUUAGUGACCCCAGUGUUGGUGAUCACUGGCUGGAUAAUUGGCCAGCCCAUGACUCUGUUCUUUGAGAAUUUUGAAACAGUAGUGCUGUUUGCCAGCGUCAUGAUCGUCAACUAUCUCAUUCAAGACGGCCGAUCCAAUUGGCUCGAGGGAAUUCUGCUUUUGGCCUCGUACUCAAUUGUGGCUCUCGCCUUCUUCUUCCACCCCACUACCGAAUCUCUGUAGAUUUAUUUAUCUUGCGCCAUCUAUAUGAUUAUCCUCCAUGUAAUAAACCGUACUAUAGAUAUUUUUUUACAAAGCAAAAAAAGAAGAAAAUCCUUGUCCCAUCAAUAAGAGAAAGUGAU